AUGCAGCCGCCAUCUUCAGAAAAUCCCGUUGUGUUUGAGGACAGUAACAUGUCCAUGGAAUCGAUGGACUCUGUAGAGAACUCAAUCCAAGAUCCUCCAUCUGUCUCAGCACCACCUGCACCGGAACCAGAGAGUGAUUCCGUUAUCACAGAAACUCCUGAAAGUACUCUGUCCGCAGCGACAAUACCUCAUGUACCAUCUACGCCGAGAUCCAUAGCCAGAGUCAUUAGUGCAGACGUAACGCAUCGCCAGAUUGAAGUGAAAGAUUUGAUUGAAUAUGAAUGGCCAUUCAAAUCUGGAGAUAAGUAUUUUCUGCAGGAGCAAGUAGGAGACUUACUGGAUAUAAAGUCUUUUUCACGAAAAUUUCCGGAUAUGAGCCGUCGAAAAGUUGAAAAGGUGGAAAGAGAUUGGCUCUGUGCUACAUACAAUAUCCACCAAACUAUGAAUGAAACACAACUACGAGAUCUCUGUGCAAUGCGAUCGGUCGAAAUCCAUGAUUUGAUGGCUAGUGAAUAUCCAGCAAUCUAUCAGGAGUUUCAAAAAGUCACAGCUGAACGUCUCAAGGCCCUAAUGGCUGAACAAGCGAAGGAGAUGGAAGCGAUAAAAAACGAUUCCAAGAAGCUGGCAGAGCUGCGUGAGAAAGCAAUUAAGAGUGCUGCUGAGUUCAAUAGGGAACUUCAGCUGGCGAAAAAGCUGGAACGGCAGCAUUAUUGGGACGUUCAAACUUCUAUUAUCCAGUCUGCUACGAAUAAAUGGAAAAAGGUUCCUGCAAAAUAUACCAAACCUGAUCCAUAUCCAGUUGCUUUGAUUCAUGGACAGUUCCAGAAUUAUUACAGGAAGUUCACAUCAUCCGAACUGCGACGUCUUCCACUCGGCAGUGUAUUGGACGGCGAGCAUUUGUUCCCGGUACAUCGAGAUCCUUCGCCUCCACCGAUCAAUGUCACUGAAAAAGACAUGCAAAAAUUUGAAAAGAUGGCAGCGGCGCAGCAACAAAUCAACGCCGCAUCUCCUGCACCUGUGAUCAAAGCUGAAGUCAUGACAACUCCACGUGCGGAGAUCGCCCGAAAAUCCGCUCGAAGCACUGCAAAACGUGUCGUGGCCUAUGCAGAGGACGAUGAAGAUGAAUCCUAA